GAGGCGAAAAGUCAAUCGGAAUUAACAUGACGAUGUUCUACAACGGUCUCUUCAUUGUCCUCCUGGCUGUCCUUGUGCCAUCACUGGGAUCUCAGCCUGGACCAGAUGAGCUCCCCGACAAGCUUCAGGACCUCUUGACUGAACUAGAAGACGCUAAGGCUGAUUUCCAAAGUAUCUUUGAUGUCACCAAUGAACAGUGUCCAUGUCAGACUGCAGGGGAUUGCUUUGAAAGUGAUCUCGAAGCCCUCAACAGCACAAUUUGCGAUCUUAUCAACAAUCUGACAGCAUUGAUCGGGGAUCAACCUGAGGAUUGUCCUCCACUUGAGGGAUGCGCAGCGCUUGUUUCUGGAUUCGCGUCAUCUGAUAUUGCUGUGGUUGACCCAGUUGGGACCAUCCUGCCAAAUAUAGAAGCGAGUAAUAAUGUCGGGCCUCUUACAGUUGUUGGAGCCAAUAAUAGCGAUUACUCCAUCUAUUACAUCAGCCCUGGGAACACGGUUAUUCAGCUGUCCCUUCCCAGUGAGAAUGACACUGUAGAAUUUACUAUCCCUACAACUGGAUCAAUAGGGACAGGCAUUGCUUAUCUUGAUGAUCAAAUAUUCGUUGCCGCUAAUGAUUUCCUUCCAUCUGUCAAUUCCCUUGUGUCGAUUUCUGGUGGAAGUGCGACAAUUCUUCUCAAUAUUUCCUGUGCUGGAACUGUCAGAAGUUAUGAUGGGCGAGUGUAUUUCGGCAAUUGCAAGGAAAUCCAAAGCAUCAACUCAACAGGUGACGAUUUGGAAACCAAUGUGAAGUUUUCCACGAACAUUCGUUCGUUUGAUGUCAUUGACCAAGAUAACACAGUGUUUUGUGAUGAAACUGGUGCGUUAUGGAUCCACAACGAUGCCACCGCAUGUUUCAAGCUGCUGGACUGUAGUGUACAAUGUAGGGACGUCAAGGUCAACCCCUGUUCAUCGCUUAUCUACGUGGCCUCCAGUUCUGUCGGCGAUCUCAGCAUUUUCAACUCCACAUCCUACGAGAAUGAAGGAACUUUGACUUAUAACACGACCACGGCCUCUGCCCAACCGAGGCUCGAGUUCGAACCAUCCUGCCCCUGAUAAGCAGUGGAGAGACCGACCGCUGCUGUCUUGGAAAGCAAUAAAAUGUGUAGAAGGCAUUGAGACAAAUCUGUAUUCAAUAAACCUUUUGAACACGA